AUGCGCCGGUAUAGCGCCCUUACGCAAGUGCGUUUGUGACUGAUCGGGUGGUUGCUAUUGAAUUUCAGUAUUUGCGUAGUAUUUGUCGCUUUCCUGAACACUUUGGUUUUUAGGCCACCACAAUCUUUGCGGCAGACGAGGACAUCCAGGAGAGCCAGCUGAUUGUUUUCCUCCUCCCCCAUCGUAAAUUGAAUGUCCGGGAAGACGGCGUUGAGUUGUUCUUUGAAUGUCAGCACCUGAUUCCGUUCGAUGACGACGAAGGUGUCAUCCACAUACCGAGCCCAGAAUUUCGGUCUAUGGUGUCGGAAAAGCAGCGACUCCAGUCGUUGAAGGACCGCCUCGGCUAUGAGUCCCGAAAUCGGCGAACCCAUUGGCGUUCCCUUCACCUGCUCGUAGACUGUUCCGUCGAACGAAAAGUACGUCUUGAGACCGAACUUCAGGAGCUGGAUGAUUUUGGCGUGCCCGAGGCGAUUCUCCGUUUCGUCUUAUUUCUCUCGUAG